AUGCAAAAUAGAUUGUUGGCAGUCGGAGCUCAUACAACAUACACUGUCCCCUUCGGGGUGACAUACGAAAAAAUUGGAACGAUACAGAGAAGAUUAGCAUGGCCCCUGCACAAGGAUGACACGCUUUCCCAGAGUGGUAGACCUACGGGUCUCAAUAUUUAUUUUGUUCUGGAUGUUUAG